AUGGCUCAUGUCACAGAGCCCCUCAUGGCUCAUGGCACAGAGCCCCUCAUGGCUCAUGGCACAGAGCCCCUCAUGGCUCAUGGCACAGAGCCCCUCAUGGCUCAUGGCACAGAGCCCCUCAUGGCUCAUGGCACACAUGGCUCAUGGCACAGAGCCCCUCAUGGCUCAUGGCACAGAGCCCCUCAUGGCUCAUGGCACACAUGGCUCAUGGCACAGAGAUGGCUCAUGGCACAGAGCUCUUCAUGGCUCAUGGCACAGAGCCCCUCAUGGCUCAUGGCAAGAGCCCCUCAUGGCUCAUGCACAGAGCCCCUCAUGGCUCAUGGCACAGAGCCCCUCAUGGCUCAUGGCACAGAGCCCCUCAUGGCUCAUGGCACGGAGCCCCUCAUGGCUCAUGGCACAGAGCCCCUCAUGGCUCAUGGCACAGAGCCCCUCAUGGCUCAUGGCACAGAGCCCCUCAUGGCUCAUGGCACAGAGCCCCUCGUGGCUCAUGGCACAGAGCCCCUCAUGGCUCAUGGCACAGAGCCCCUCGUGGCUCAUGGCACAGAGCCCCUCAUGGCUUAUGGCACAGAGCCCCUCAUGGCUCAUGGCACAGAGCCCCUCAUGGCUCAUGGCACAGAGCCCCUCAUGGCUCAUGGCACAGAGCCCCUCAUGGCUCAUGGCACAGAACCCCUCAUCGCUCAUGGCACAGAGCCACUCAUGGCUCAUGGCACAGAGCCCCUCAUGGCUCAUGGCACAGAGCCCCUCAUGGCUCAUGGCACAGAGCCCCUCAUGGCUCAUGGCACAGCCCCUCAUGGCUCAUGGCACAGAGCCCCUCAUGGCUCAUGGCACAGAGCCCCUCAUGGCUCAUGGAACACAUGGCUCAUGGCACAGAGCCCCUCAUGGCUCAUGGCACAGAGCCCCUCGUGGCUCAUGGCACAGAGCCCCUCAUGGCUCAUGGCACAGAGCCCCUCAUGGCUCAUGGCACAGAGCCCCUCAUGGCUCAUGGCACAGAGCCCCUCAUGGCUCAUGGCACAGAGCCCCUCAUGGCUCAUGGCACAGAACCCCUCAUUGCUCAUGGCACAGAGCCACUCAUGGCUCAUGGCACAGAGCCCCUCAUGGCUCAUGGCACAGAGCCCCUCAUGGCUCAUGGCACAGCCCCUCAUGGCUCAUGGCACAGAGCCCCUCAUGGCUCAUGGCACAGAGCCCCUCAUGGCUCAUGGAACACAUGGCUCAUGGCACAGAGCCCCUCAUGGCUCAUGGCACAGAGCCCCUCGUGGCUCAUGGCACAGAGCCCCUCAUGGCUCAUGGCACAGAGCCCCUCAUGGCUCAUGGCACAGAGCCCCUCAUGGCUCAUGGAACACAUGGCUCAUGGCACAGAGCCCCUCAUGGCUCAUGGCACAGAGCCCCUCGUGGCUCAUGGCACAGAGCCCCUCAUGGCUCAUGGCACAGAGCCCCUCAUGGCUCAUGGCACAGAGCCCCUCAUGGCUCAUGGCACAGAGCCCCUCAUGGCUCAUGGCACAGAGCCCCUCAUGGCUCAUGGCACAGAGCCCCUCAUGGCUCAUGGCACAGAACCCCUCAUCGCUCAUGGCACAGAGCCACUCAUGGCUCAUGGCACAGAGCCCCUCAUGGCUCAUGGCACAGAGCCCCUCAUGGCUCAUGGCACAGCCACUCAUGGCUCAUGGCACAGAGCCCCUCAUGGCUCAUGGCACAGAGCCCCUCAUGGCUCAUGGCACAGCCCCUCAUGGCUCAUGGCACAGAGCCCCUCAUGGCUCAUGGCACAGAGCCCCUCAUGGCUCAUGGUACAGAGCCCCUCAUGGCUCAUGGCAAGAGCCCCUCAUGGCUCAUGGCACAGAGCCCCUCAUGGCUCAUGGCACAGAGCCCCUCAUGGCUCAUGGCACAAAUGGCUCAUGGCACACAUGGCUCAUGGCACAGAGAUGGCUCAUGGCACAGAGCUCUUCAUGGCUCAUGGCACAGAGCCCCUCAUGGCUCAUGGCAAGAGCCCCUCAUGGCUCAUGCACAGAGCCCCUCAUGGCUCAUGGCACAGAGCCCCUCAUGGCUCAUGGCACAGAGCCCCUCAUGGCUCAUGGCACAGAGCCCCUCAAGGCUCAUGGCACAGAGCCCCUCAUGGCUCAUGAGCCCCUCAUGGCUCAUGGCACAGAGCCCCUCAUGGCUCAUGGCACAGAGCCCCUCAUGGCUCAUGGCACAGAGCCCCUCAUGGCUCAUGGCACAGAUCCCCUCAUGGCUCAUGGCACAGAGCCCUUCAUGGCUCAUGGCACAGAGCCCCUCAUGGCUCAUGGCACAGAGCCCCUCAUGGCUCAUGGCACAGAGCCCCUCAUGGCUCAUGGCACAGAGCCCCUCAUGGCUCAUGGCACAGAGCCCCUCAUGGCUCAUGGCACAGAGCCCCUCAUGGCUCAUGGCACAGAGCCCCUCAUGGCUCAUAACACCGAGCCCCUCAUGGCUCAUGGCACAGAGCCCCUCAUGACCUGA